AAAAAAUAUUUGUCUAUCAACAGUGGAUCAAUUUGUGUUUGACGAAGUAUUGCUUUGAUUGUUUCAGUCAAGUUUUAGUUUUAAAGUUGAUACUUUGAGUUAACAAAUUUUACAAUGGGUAAUUCCUUUGGACAUAUCUUCGAGAAUGCCUAUAACUUAUAUAUGCACCCCGAUAUUACACCUAGUCCUUUAGAUGAGCCUAGUUACGAUCCAAAUUUUGGAUUUCCUAAUGGUCGUGUCGAAAGAGUUUCAAAGGCAACUAAAGAAGAACUGAUCUCUGCUAAAGUACCACUUAAUAAACGUGAUUAUUGUGCACAUUUAGGGAUUGCAUAUAAAGCUUGUAGGAAAGACCAUUGGCCAUUUGCUGUGAAAUGUUCGCAUGAGAAACAUGCUUAUCUAAAUUGUGAAUAUGAAGACUUUGUUCUUCGUAUGAAGGAAUAUGAGCGCGAAAGAAGACUACGUGUAAAGUGUGGACCUCCAGUUAUUGAAACACCUGCUUAAAAGUAGCAACUCGUAGUUACCAGAGUAGAUUAUUUAAAAUUGUAAAAUAAGACACCUGUUUACAUUAAAUUAAUUUGUUCUAUAA